AUGGGCCUCCUCCUCAAGAGGCCGGAAGGCGAAGAAGGCGCCGCUUGGCCUGCCAUUUGCGUAGGCCUCUUCGCAGCCUUUGGAGGUAUUCUAUACGGAUACGAUACAGGUGAGCAUGUCCGCCUGAAGAAGCGACGACUCUCCUUAGACUUAAUGACUGACAUGCGCUCCAGGAACGAUCGCUGGUAUCCAGAACAUGACCGCCUGGAAGCAGCAAUUCUUCCCUAACGAUCCUGGUACGCCUCCGUCCAGCGAGAUCUCCCUCAUUGUCUCCAUCCUAUCAGUCGGUACCUUCUUCGGUGCGCUUCUGGCCGGUAUCAUUGCCGACAUACUGGGUCGCAAAUGGGGCAUCAUCGUCUCAGCCAUGAUUCCCUUCAACCUGGGUGUCGCACUCCAGACUGGUGCAUUUCACAAGUCGACAUUCAUCGCGGGACGUUUCUUCGCCGGAAUGGGAGUGGGGCUGGUGUCGGUGCAGGUGCCAAUGGUAAGAUUGAGGCUCGAUGUGACGAUGAUAGAAAUAUAUUGAUUGUCGCAGUUUCAAUCCGAGACCUUGCCCAAAUGGAUUCGUGGCUUCAUUGUCGGAGCCUAUCAAUUGGCAAUCACAUUAGGCCUCUUCAUAGCAGCUUUGGUCAACUACGGUACCGAGAACCGCUCAGACAGUAGUGCAUACCGCAUUCCGCUCGGCAUCCAGUUUGCAUGGGCUUUCAUUCUAUGCGGAGGACUGGCCUUCUUGCCCGAGACACCAAGAUACCUCAUCAAGUGCGGGAAAGACCAUCAAGCGAUCAAGUCACUCACACGCCUGCGCCGUCUUCCCGCCGACCACCCAGCGAUCCAGGCGGAAUUUGAAGAGAUCAAAGGGAACUACGAAUAUGAGAAGAGUCUCGGUUCUUCUUCGUACAUCGACUGUUUCCGUGGGAAUAUUGGAAAGCGUACGCUUACGGGUAUUGGUCUUCAAUGUCUCCAACAGCUUGUCGGUGUCAACUUCAUUUUGUGAGUUCAUCCUCGUCACAUUCAAGCCUGGAGAUAAUUACUCAUCAAUCUUCACAGCUACUAUGGCACAACGUACUUCUCCAGCGCCUACGGACCAGCUUUGCCAGCUCCAUUUAUUCUCCAAAUCAUUACAAAUGUCGUGAACGUCGUCAGCACGUUUCCAGGUCUCUGGGCAAUUGAUGCACUGGGACGUCGCACCGUCCUUCUUAUCGGUGCCUUGGGAAUGGGCAUCUCGCAAUACCUUGUUGCUAGUAUGUCUACUCCCUAGUAACAACGAAUAGCACCUGUACUGACCGCGUUCCAGUCCUGGGAGUGGCAACGAAUCAAGACAAUAACAGCUCUGCUCGAGCGCAGUUUGCUUUCAUCUGGUACGAAAAGCCGCAUCGCCUUCUAACGACUGGUACUGACAGGUUGAAAUAGCAUCUACAUCUUCUUUUUCGCCAGUACCUUUGGGCCAGGAGCCUGUAAGCUUUGCGAUCUUCCACAAGUCCUGUAAAGGUUGCUGAUAUCUACGAAGGGGUCGUUACAGGAGAGAUAUUCCCUCUCAAAGUUCGUGCCAAGUGUCUCUCGAUGACAACUGCCUCAAAUUGGUAACCCUCUCGAAGGUUCCAAUCUAAUAUACCAACAGCGAUGUUGACUUUUUACAGGCUCUUCAACUGGCUCCUGUCCUUCAUCACACCCUAUCUCACAGGUGCACAAUACGCCAAUCUUGGCACAAACGUCUUCUGGAUCUGGGGAGGUUUCUGUUGGAUCGCUGUCGUCUUCGUCUGGGCCCUUAUCUACGAGACAAAGAACACCACUCUCGAGCAAGUCAACGAGCUUUACGAUAACGUCAAAUUUGCAUGGAAGAGCCCUGCAUACAAGCACCAGUUGCAAGACCGUAGAUGGUCUGUCACUGGUGCGGAAGGUGAGAAAGCGGAGAAGGUUGAGGAUGGGGAUGUUACCAGGAAAGAAAGUUUGUAG